AUGGAAGAAAAGAAGUCGAGCUCUACAGACACCAAAUCUUUGGAUAUGUCUCCGGAGGACCACGUUUUGGUAAAUGAGGCCCUACCUGCCGUGAACCUUAAGAAAAUGGUGUGGAAAGUUGACCUUAUUGUUCUACCUAUCAUGAUGAUCACCUAUUGCAUGCAAUUCAUGGACAAGCUAGCCUUGUCUUCCGGUUCUGUGUUUGGUGUCAAGACUGAUCUACAUUUGGUUGGUCAAGACUAUUCAUGGUGUUCCUCUAUCUUCUACUUUGGUUUCAUGCUUGGUAACUUUAUAGCCGCGCGUAUUUUGCAUAUCGUGCCUCUUGGAAAGUUGAUUUUCGCAGCUGUCUUUUUCUGGGGUAUCACUUUAGCCUGCAGUGCAGCUUCCCAGAAUUAUGCAGGUUUAAUGGUUGCUAGAUUUGUUCUAGGAUUUUGUGAGAGUUUUGUUUCUCCUACAUUCGUUUUCAUGACCACCAUGUGGUGGACUCAACAGCAGGGUGCCUUUAGAACCAACAUAUAUUUUGCUGGUAACGAUAUUGGCGGUGUCAUAAGUUCUCUCAUUGCCUUUGGUAUUGGCCAUGCUGGUGGUGCAUUGAUGCCAUGGAGAUAUUUGUUUAUUUGUUAUGGAUGUCUUGCUUUCGUUUGGAGUUUUGUCAUCCUCUUCUUCCUACCGGAUACUCCUUCCAAAGCUCGCUUUUUCGAUUCUUCAGAAAAGAAAUAUUAUAAGGAAGAAAUGAGCACUUCUGAAGUUGAGAAGAAAUGGGACUGGGAGCAAGCUAAAUCUUGUGUCACUGAUGUUAAUGUCUGGCUUAUCCUAGUUGCCAUCGCUUCAUCUAUUCUCCCAAAUUCUGGUGUUAUUAGUUAUGGUUAUAUCAUUCUUGAUAGUUUUGGAUUUACCUCCAUUCAGAGUACUUUGAUCAACUUGGCACUCUCUGUGUUUACCUGGUUCUGUAUAACAUUUGCUGGUUACUUGGCUUCGCAUUUCAAGAAUUCGAGAUGUUACGUUAUCUUGAUCGUUGUUGUUUUCUCUCUUGUUGGAGGUUGUCUUAUUUACAAGGGUCAAGCCAAAGGUGUCAAGUUACUUGGAUACUUCCUAGUGGAUGUGCAGCCUGCAAUUACACCUCUUCUAUUGGGUAUGACUGCAUCCAACUUCAAGGGUAACACCAGAAGAUCUGUGGUUAAUAGUGCCGUCUUCAUUGUUUACUGUGCCUGUAACAUUGCAGGACCCCAACUUUUCAGAGCUAAGGAUGCUCCACAUUACCCACAUGCAUUCCUUUCCUGGAUUGUGUGUUACUGUAUAAGUGCUUGCUUGGCCGUUAUUAUGAGGUUUAGUUGGAUUCAUAGUAACAAAAAGCUAGAAAAACUAGCUGAAAGUGCCGUUCUACCUGCAACCAAAAGUACUGAUUCCGAGAAGGAAGAGAUCAUGGAGUUCAUGGAUCCAACCUUCAGAUACAAAUACUAA